AUGGUUGAAAUUGGAGUCGUUAUAUAUGACCAAAUCUUUAUCCAAUAUACUGCUUCUAAAACAACAAUUAUCAAGUCUCCGAAUGUAUCAAAUUAUGAAAAUUUUGUUGAGUCAUUUGUGAUGGGUAAAAAUUCGUUAACUCUAGAAGAAGUAGUGAAGGCCAAGAUCGUCUUUCACAAGGAGCAUCCUCUUUUCUCCUAUAUGCGUGGGGCCAAUUCAAAAUCACAUAAAUCAGACAUCACACAACAGUUUUCCACUUUCACAUCAACUGAAGAUACUUUCAUGGGUAACCGCCCACCAUCUCAAGAUAACCGCCGUCACUAUGUCACUUCGCUGGACAAAUUCUCCAUGAGUUUCUGCAUGUUCUUAUUUGUUUUUCGUGUUUUCAUAUUAUAUAAGAUGGUUUUCACUAGAAAUUCUCAACAGUCUACUGAACCAACUGAGGUUGAGAACUCAUUGAAGCAAAAAACAACAAGAUCAUCCAAACGUCAAAAAUCCAUUGAUGUUGAUACAGAUAUUGCAGAGCACUUGAAAGAAACUCUUUCGUUGCCUUUAUGUUUUACUCCAUCGUCAUCAAAACGUAGAAAAGGGAAUGAUGCAAGUAAAGAAAAGUGUGUAGUUUUUGUAAACAAAAUCACUGAUACUGAAGUGCAAGGUGAAGAGCUUGAAAAUGAAGGUAUUGAGGAGGAAUUGAGACAAACUUUUUUGUUGCCUAUAUGUUCUAUUCCAUCAUCAUUAAAACGUAGAAAAGGCAAUGAAGCAAGUUUAGAGCAAGAUUUAGGGACACAACGUGAAGAUGAUCAAUCCAAAGAAGUUAAGGCUGUACCAAUGCCCGAACCUGCAAAUGAAGUUGAGACAGCAACAACGCCACAAGUGGCAAAUGAAGAUAAAGUUAAUGUUGAUGAGCAAGCAAAAGAUGAUUUCAUUUCAGAAUAUGAAUCAGUAACUAGCGGACAUGAAGAAAUUGAGCAAGAUGAAGAAGAUAUGCAAAUUAUAUAUUAUUAUUUAAUUUUAUAUUAUAAAUUAUUGCAUUUAUUUGAUAAACACAUGAAAAAUAUCUACAGAUGAAAAAGCUAAUAUUAAUGAGGAAAAUCAAGAGGCUGAACAAGUUGUACCUGAAUAAGGUAGACGAGGUUCUACGUCAACAACAAAAGAAAAAAAAUGGAAAGGAGGCAGUUUCAAAGCUCGUGUCGUCAUAGAUUUUCACUAGCACAAGUUCAAGUGAAAGUGAAUCUGCGAAUGAUGUUCAAAGCGAAUCUGAAUUGGAAACUAAUGACAGUGAGGAGGAAGAAAAAGAAAUUGAAACAAAGAUGAAGAUUGUGAAUAGAAGGAAAGGAAAAUAGUCAAUAGAUGUUCAAAGUCAAUCAACUUCUAGGUUGACUAGAAGUCGUGCUUUGCAAUUAAGUUUAGCUUCUCAGAAAAGUAUUGUUAGCAAAAAUAUGUAAUUGGUAAAGCGUAAUUCGAAGAAGGAUGUUGCAUCUACGUCUAUUGUUGUUAAACUUGAGGAGCGAAAAGAAUCCUUUCAUUUACUUUCAAAUGCGGGGGACUUAUGCUUUUAGCAGGAGGAUCAUAGCUUGACAUGACAGGUAUAGGAGCUAUUUUUGCUUUGCAUUGGGGAAAAGAGCGGAGUACGAUCGUAACAAUUGUGUAUAAAUUGUCUAAUGCUUGUAGCUUCUAUAAUACUUGUAAAGUUUUCUUUUGGGAUUGUAUAAUUUCUUUUGUAUGGAGCCAUGUGACUCCUCGUAUGAUCCAUAGAUCCGCUGUGUAGUUUUUGGAUGUACAGUAGGGAGAAUACUCCUUUAGUACCCGUCAGAUCGAUGCAUUAACACUGGA